UGCGCCGGGAGGAGAGUCACAAAAGAAGACUGGGGAGAUUUACCUAAGAAGUCAGGAGGAGAGGAAGUCAUCAUACUACAUUUAAACGCUGAGGUUUCUGCCAGCAUCCAAUGUGCAGUCUGAACGCGUGGCUCAUCCGCACACCUUGAUCCAAACCUUGUGCGUCUGUCCUGCGUCUUUAUACCAUAGUGUAUCAUAGACUCACAUUACAGCCACAGACUGCUGGACAUGCUCUGUGGUGAGUGGAGGGGACGGUGUUAGCAAGCACCUCAGCUAGCUAACCGUAGCUGGAGACAAAUAAAAACCGUGUGUGUUGAUGGUGCACCGGAGCCUGAGUCAGCUGCUUUACUACCAGUGAAGUUAAAGCCAGAUCAGAGGGACCAUAAAGCAUGCACUGAGACGUCCCCUCGCCUCCUGGGAGAGGAACAAAACCAGCGCCAGCUCAUAUCAGAUGGAGGACAAAACCGCUGGAGUGAACCUAUCAGCUGAUUUCGAAAAUUCCACAACUAUGCCCUCUGUCGGACUGUUACUGUAAAUUUGGUAGCAAUGGCUUCUCACAGGGUAGAGGAGCUACCAAAGGACUCCAAGGAUGUGGUUUCAGCCUCCGGACAGCUUCCCCGUUGCGGCCCUGAUGACAUCACCGAGGAGCUUCAGUUGGAUACGAUGAACGCCGCAGUGAAAUCCCAGAAAUCUGGAAAAUUUCGGAGGACUGCCCUGACGUUUUUCGGAGUUCGUAAAAGCAUUUGCAUCUUACCAAGUUUUUUUGGUGGAAGGAGUAAAAAUCAAAACAAGUGGUCUUCUAAGAAAGGGUUCCCAAAAAGCAAAACGCAUGAUGGGCUGAGUAAGGUUGGUUAUGAUGACAAUCUGCGAGGUGGCUACACCUCAGUUGGUGACUUUGAGUACCACAGCCAGAGGGACUCAGCUGGCGACCUCCGCAGUAGCUGCCACCAUGAAUGUAGUUUCCCUGCUGCUGAGCAGAAAUCCCUGAGCCUCACCCGGCAGAAAAAGGGUUUGAGGGGUCUUUUUAACAGUUUCCGGCAUCACAGAAACAAUAGACAUGCUGGAUCGGAGAAAGCUGAAAUGAUUGCAAUGACCUCUCCUCGGUGCAAGAACGAGGUGCCUGUUGUCUCGAAGAACGCCACUAAGUUUGUCACAGAGUGCCUCGUAUCUGAACCUGAUGUGCCUGAUUUAGCAGAUGUUAUAUGUGAUGUUUCUAUUGAUCCUGAAUCUAUCCAUGCUGCUGCUGUAAUGGACUUAGAGACGAGUGUGGUGCAAGAAAGUCCAAAAUCUGAGCUGGAUGAUCAGAUUAGUUAUGAUCAAACCGAGGAGAUCAAUUUGGUGGCUGUAGUUUCUGGUGAAUUCGACAAGAGUUUGAGAGUGAACAGCGAGCCUUGUCUAAAAGUGAAGAUGAUGUCUGAGCCGACACUGAAGUCUGAAACGCCCCCUGGUUCAUCAGAUCGGCUGAACAUGAUGUUUGGAGACGUUGCAUCAUUGAAAAGCUUUGAUUCCCUCACUGGAUGUGGGGACAUUAUCGCAGAUCAAGAGGACGACAGCAUCACAGAGAGCACAGUUUCUGGAGAGAGGAGCCGAAAUGGAGGAAAGAGGGCCUCCUGUUAUCUCACAUACCAGGGUGGGGGUGAAGAAAUGGCCUCACCAGAGGAUUUGGGCGAGGAGUGUCUUCAUGGUUACUGGGGGAAUAAUGCAUCAGAGGAAAUGUGCUGUACCUACAAUCAAGACCAUGCAGAUCUGACUGCUGAUCUGACAAGUUCUCACAAUUUGGAUUUACUGAACAGUAACAGUGCACAGCAAGCUAGUGGCAUGGACACCUCUUCAAUAGCUGAUGUGUUAACUCCUCAAGAUGAGCAUCAAGAAUCAGUGCCGAAUAGUGAUGAGGGGUACUACGAUUCAACCACCCCAGGAAACGAUGACGUACAAGAAAAGACAGACAGACUGAGGACAGACAGAUUACCGAGGGAUAGUUACAGCGGCGAUGCCCUCUAUGAACUUUUUGCCCCAGAUGAGAGUCUGGUCAGUCCUCAGUAUGAAGGCAAAUCAAAGCUGCCCAGUUCACAACAGUGCGAGUAUUUAAGUGAGCCAGUCGAGGUGAACGAUUGUUCUUUUGCUCCAGAAAUGAAUCGGUUACAAAUAGGUUCUGAUAUGUAUAAAGUUCAUGAUUUUCUGGACAUGCCGAGCACAUGCAGUAAUUCCCCUGAGUUGGCACAGAAUGUGGUUGGCCGGCAGGAAAUUGGCACAAAUCAGAACUGUAAUAUGAAUUCAAACCCUCAAGCAUCAGUCAACAAAACUAAUACUGAGCCGGAUACAUUUAAUGAAAAAGAAAGUAUGUCUGCUUCCACUGACAAAAAAACAAAAUCCACAAAUGCAGAUUGUGAAAAAAGGCACAGCUGCCUAUCAUUUGGAAGCACAUCUGACCCAGAUUUUGAAACAUUUUGUGAACCCAAAGAGCAACAUCUUGAGGAAAACAAGCCUGUGGCUUUACCAUACAGAAAUAUAAAUUCUCAGUCUCCAGAAUGUAAAACUGAUCUGGAUGAUGAGCAAGCUGUGAGUUUCUCCCAAGCACUUGUGGACUACACAAAAAACUCUCAGAUGCUGAGUAACUUGCACAAUGAUGUGGAUGAUUUGGAGACAGACUCUGCCUUCACUCCAAACAUGGAGGCCUUACCCACCAUAGUCACAUUUGAUGUAGUAGACAUGCAUAAUGAGGGGGAAUAUGAUGAGCAGAUUCAAAUGGAACUGGGGGAGGACAUAUCGUCACCCUAUCAGGAGUUUGAAGAAAGCUACUUGCAAAAAGACGCAUUCGCUGAAUGUGACUAUCAGAUGUUAGAUCUCUAUGAAGAGAACCUGAUCAGUAACACAUGGGCGAUUGCUAGUCUCCCCCGGCACCUUGGCCUUACAAGAGUCAGUCAAUCCAUGCCUAAUCCGUUGUCUCUUGACAGGAGAAGCCGGUCUCUGGACACAGAAAGCCUUGAGUUGAAUAUGCCUGACAGACACAGACAGAACAGAGCUGCUACCAUUUCUCGUCCUGAAAAGGACUCUGAAAGAGAUUCUUCACCAUAUUACAAAAAGAAUGUACUUGUGUCUGCAUCCGAGUCUAGAGACAGUAGCAGCAUUAUGGCCUUAUCAUGGCAAACAAGGUCAGAAAUGGCUUUAAGCCUUCCUUCGACCGAUGGGAAAAUCACUGAAAAAGUACACAGUCGCAGUCAAACACAAGGGAAACAUAAAAUACCUUCAAGUUCAUCUAGCAGUAAAUCACAGCGUGCAUGCUUUCAUGUGUCCUGUGAUGGCACUUCACAGAACGCAGAGCUUUACAACAGGCAGUGCCGCCAUCCUUUACAGUCAGAUUCUUUUUUACCUCAUAGCACCUUUGUUUACUCUGGAAUGAUGGAAGGUGCAUCAGAUGAUGUUGACGAGGAUGUGUUUUGUAAAGCUAAUUUGCAAUCCUAUAACAAGUGCGGCAAGAGCAGGCCAGUGGGAAGCAGGGACGGGACAUCUCAGGCCGAGAGUCCUCUGAACAAGGGUGUGUUUAAAGAUGAGAUGGGCGGUGAAAAGAGAACACCCAGGGAUGUGGCUUAAGUUGAAACAUAGCGUGCCACAAACUCCCCGCGGCCAUUUUCAAUUGAAAGGCUCUCAGUCAUACAGAUAGAGUCAAGAUCACAUGUGUAUGUGCCAAUCAGUGCUUUUAUUUUGCAACCAAAAGAGUAAUUGUUGCUUAAUUUCUACUAGCAGAAAGGUUAAUGUCAACUGGGAUGGACAGGACUGGAAACAAAAUUAUUUUUAAAAGUAGUCCACGCCACCAAGCUGCAUUAGGAACAAUGCUUUCUAUUGGGAAGACAAAAGGGAUUUUCCUUAUUUGCACAGUAACAGUUGCUUGCUUCACAUAAAAGCAUGUCAGUCCAUUGAAAGCAUUUAGCAAGGAAAUUGUUUCAUUUGCAUUUUAAAUAGUUACAGAUUCAUCUUACUCAUUAAGCUAUUGAGUUGUUUCUAGAAAGCUACUUCACAUAUCUAGCCUCAGAAGCCUUUGUUUGAUGCAUUUUCAUGAGCCUUGUUUCCAUAGAGCAGACAAACAUAACUGACCCAGUCUUGUUUACUUUACCCCGGACACGUGUACGCUUGUGCUUUAAGUGCCGGCUUAUGUUUGUGUUUACUAUUUGUGUAUAGCCUCUAUUUGCUCCAGUAAUGUUUAUGCUGACCUGUCAUGAUGCUCAGAUUUAGCGUUGUCUGUUAGUUUAUGUAAUUUUGGGCUAGAUUGGGUUUAAUUAGCAAUGAGAGUAUCUCAGAAAGGCUGAGGGAUAUGGUUAAAUCCACAGAACAAACUAUCUCUUGAUACCUUUACGGGGUGUGUUUUAUGUUUUAAGCUGUUGCAUUUUGCUUAAUCUCAAAAUAUUGAGCUGCUUAUUGUUCCCUGACAUAGGUAAAUACUGCUAUAGACUGAUAGUUCUCUCAUCUCAUGUUCAGCUGCCAUUUAAUUUACACACUGAAGACUUCUAUUGUACAGCACAUUUCACGCACAGAUACUUGAAAGUGCUUCACAUUGAAGAAGCAGCAAGUCAAAUAUCCACAAGUUAGUAAAGGAAAAAAUCAAAGGGAGAAGCAGCUAGUAGAACAUAAUAGUGUCAGCCAGUUUUCUUUUGGUAUCACAAGCAAAUGUGGACCUACUCUUAGGUCUUUUUUUCUUUGUGGUCAUGUUUGCAACAGCUUGACCACCUGGUAAGUGCAGAAUAAGUCUUGUUAAACGAUGCACUCCAAUAUCACAUGUUUGUUAGCUAUUAGAACAGAGAGGUAGUUUGGUUUAGUUUAAAUUUCAAAAAUAUCAAAAGAUGAACUGGAAUUUUCAACGUGUAUCAUUUUCUUGUGCAUUCAAUGUUUUAUCAAUCUGGGGUUCAACUGUCUGAUGAUGUCCUCUUUUGUAGUGUAAUACUGAACAAAUGUCAAACAAUUUGUAUUUAUAUUCUCUGCUAUUUGUACACUUUGACAUUGUAUUCAAACCGGUUUUUGAAUUUGGCAAUAUCUUCUUUGUUUGAGUUUUAUUUUUUAAGUUGUCUGGUUUUACUUUGUCUUUUUUGAACUGUCUCAAAGUUACAUAAAUGUGACACUUCAGUAUUUCUCUUGAAAAUCUGUUACAGUUUUGUCAGAGUAGAACACUGCCUUACACUAAAAUAAAUGACAAAACCAACCA